CGACGACAACAACAACAGAGGCACUUGAGUGGAACAAUUUGUUAUAUCAGUGUGCCGUGUGAAUGAUUACACUAUGUGAAACAACGUGGUGUCAGGAUGUGCCCGUUCAGUGUCAAUGUCUCGGCCCACCAGUGAAGGGAUCCACUUGGGGAGGUCAUCUUUGAGGUAGCUGAUUGCAUCUGCACCCUCCACUGUUUCUGAUGCAGAGCACCAUGGGUCGGAGCAGCAGCAGCACAAUCUCCUACAGUGUUCCAGUGGUGGUGUUAUGCCUUGCUGCUUUACUCCUCAGCAACAUAUUGCUCUACCUGUAUCUGGACUCUGUGUAUCAGACUAAUGAACAGCUGCUGGCCUCUUAUAUAGGCUGUACACCUCAAAACUUUAAAAUGAUGACCAUGAAGAAUUGCACCCCCUGGCUUCAAUGUUCACAGAUAGAUGCCGAAGUACACAAGUUGAGGCUCAUCGGCCAGGGAGCAGUUAAGAAGGUCUAUCUGGCAGAGUGGAGGGGUCAGAAGGUGGCUUUGUCCAAACUAUCUUCUCUCGAUUACGUGGAGGAUUUUCUCCACGGGCUGUCCAUGUUACAGACCCUGCAGGGUCCUCAGGUUGUACAAUUGGUGGGGUUUUGCCUUGAAGACCAUGCCUUGGUCACGGAGUACCACCCACUUGGCUCAUUGCUUAAUUUGGAUGGUGUUCUCGCACAAGAACAUCAACAACGAUACAACACAUGGCAGAACCGACUGAUGCUGGCUAUAGAUUACGUCUCUAUCCUCCAUUACCUCCAUAACAGCCCAGCUGGGCGACGGGUCAUGUGUGAUUCCAACAGCCUGGAGAAAACUCUCUCUCAGUUUCUGCUGACAAGUGACUUUCACCUAGUAGUGAACGAUCUGGAUGCAUUGCCUGAGGUGGACCCAUCCAGAGGCUUAUUGGUGAAAUGUGGCCACCGGGAGCUCACUGGGGACUUUGUUGCACCAGAACAGUUGUGGCCUUUAAGAAAUAAAGGAAAGCCUUUUUCAGAUGAUCUCAUGACUGAGUAUGAUGAAAGAACAGACAUCUGGAAAAUUCCAGAUGUGACACAGUUCCUGAUGGGAAGGGUACCUGGAGGGGAUUUAGUCCACUUCCAUCUUUUUCACAUUCACAAGGAGUGUAAGAAGGAAGACCCUAAGCUCCGCCCUUCCGCUCUGGAUGUUUUGAAAGAAUACAAGGUAGUCUAUAACAGCAUGGUGCGAGACAAUGCUGGGUUUAGAGAAAUGCUCUAGAAUAAUAACUCAUUUAAAAAGACCAUGAAAUUACAUUAAAAGUACAGGUCUGUAUAGUACUCUAUGCAAGUGAUUAUUCAUGCUGUCCAGGUACCUUGCUAAUCGAACCCACACAGUUUGACUAGACUUAACUUUCCCAACUCAUGUCUGGCUGACUUCAGACACACUGAAAAAAGGACAAAUAUGAAAAGAAAGUUUUGGCAAUUUUAACCAAUAUUGACAUAGAAGGUUGAUCUUAUUAUCAAAAUGACACAAAAUGCUGUUGUAAGAACAUAAACAGUGAAAAAAAGACAUGAACAUUCCUGGGUUUUUUGUCUUUCUUUUUGGAAUUACUAUUGUUGUUUAUUUUGAGUUGCAUUCAGUGAGAAAAUGCUAUUUUUGUCAUCAUCAUGAGGUAUAUACCUGUAGACAAAAUUAAGGUCAGAACCUUGCAAAUGGCUUGGUUUUGUGUCUUUUUUCAGAAAUAGUGUCAUACUGGGCUGCAUUCAUUGACAAUCUUUGAAAACCACACAAAAGGCUGCUUUAAGAAUAGAAACAGUGAAAACAGGACAGCUACAAA